CCGUUUAAAAUAUCUGCAAAAGAUUCGAUUAGCCAUGAUUGACUUCGACUACAUACUGUCCAAAGUUGGAUACCUGGGAACAUACCAAAUUCUGGUGAUAUUGAUGGUUUAUUACUCUGGCAUACCCUCCGGAUUAAAUUCUAUCGGGCCUGUUUUUAUGUCAUAUCAACCAGACUACAGAUGCAACGUACCACCAUUUGACAACAAAAGUGUGUACAACAGUCUGAAUGAAUCUGAAAUAUUGGCAUUGACAACUCCAGUCGAUGGUGACGGCAAAUAUGAUACUUGUAGACGGUACAGUUAUGACGUCGAGGAAUGCUACAAACAUGGAAACGAUAGUUUUGAAUGCUUAGAAGGAGUGAACAACACUGUAUCGUGCGUAAAUGCAGAUGGGUAUUAUUAUGACAGAUCAUUGUUUACGGAAACAGUUGUUACAGAGAUGGAUUUAGUUUGUGAUAAAGUCAUCUACAGUUAUGCUGCUACUUCUAUUUACAUGCUUGGACUGCUGUUCGGAUCAAUCAUUUUUGGAAACUUGUCUGACAGGGUCGGAAGAAAGCCAACUAUGAUUGUUUGUUCGGUGGGCUGUGCAGUGGGAAUGCUUGGUGCCGUAUUAUCUCCCGUGUACUGGGCAUAUGCUUUAUUUCGAUUAAUCAUCGCUUUCUUUGGGUAUGGAAUGACAAUAUCAUGUUUCGUAAUCGUUAUGGAGUUAAUUGGAACAAAGUGGAGAACACUCGUCGGAAUCAGCUUUCAAGUCAGUUUUGCUGUUGGCUAUAUGCUCUUGUCUGGCGUCGCUUAUGGAUGGAGGGACUGGCGUGAUAUGCAGUGGGCUUGCAUCGUACUAUCUUUACCUUUCGGGAUUUUCUUGAUUUUGAUUCCAGAAUCACCAAGGUGGCUGUUCAGUGUGGGAAAAGACAAACAAGCUAAAAAAAUUUCAAUGACAAUGGCGAAGUUCAACAAAGUCGAACUGACGGAAGACAUAUGGCUUGAGGCAGAAAGACUAGGAAAUGAGAACGUUGAAAAAUCGCAGGAGGAUGAUAAAAACGAAACCAGAUCUUAUUCUUCGUCAGAUUUAUUUCGAGCUCCUGGAAUUCGACUAACGACCUUCAAAGUUAUGUUCAACUGGUUUGUCAACAGUCUCGUAUACUAUGGACUUUCAUUAAAUGUCGGUUCGUUGAGUGGAAAUAUAUUUAUCAACAAUGUCAUAGGCGGAUGUAUGGAAAUCAUCAGCUACGGCCUUUGUAUUAUAUUUAUGGAUUUUGUCGGCAGAAAAGUACUCCUUGCAAUUAUGUUGUUGGUAUCAGGAACCACAUUGAUAGCCAGCACUAUUGUAAAUGAAUACGCAGGCGAUGAUCAAGCUCUUAUAACUCUUGGAGUGGCAUUCGCAUUUUUGGGUAAGAUGGGAAUUUCUGGGUCAUACGCAAUCAUUUAUAAUUUUACGACUGAACUAUUUCCUACAGUGGUAAGGUCAAAUGGAAUCGGCAUUGGUUCAAUGGCAGCAAGAAUCGGUGGUAUUCUGACACCGUUCGUUAUAGCUACCCAGGUAUGGGUGACGUGGCUACCAAACAGUAUCUUUGGCGCGUUUGGUGUAAUAGCCGGUAUAUUGUCUCUUACUUUUCCUGAAACUACGGGAAUGAAAAUGUUAGAGACGCUUGAAGAAGCGGAAGCUUUUUACGCUGGACAACACAUGACUGCAGAACAGAGUGAUAUGAAAGAGCAGCGAUUAUCAUCUGCCGAUUCUGAAGAACCAACUCAUUUUGAAAACAAAUUUUAUGAAGUUGAUUUAUCUACAGAAUUGUGAAAAACAACAAUUGUAGAAAAUUUUAGACUUUUCUUGCUGUGAUGACUUCGAC